GGUGGAAGAGAAGGUUAUCUGUGGAACUGCUUCUUAAAUCGAUCAUCUCCUCUUCUCUUUACUAAUCAAAGAGGAAGAAGAGAAGACUGAAGAGGAAAAAUAAGAGUAAGAGAAGAAGAGGAAGAAGACAUUUAGCUGGGGUGACUCAGGAGGAGGGCUGACAUGGGGUGCCCCUGACCACACCUGCGGAGCCACACCAGGCCACACCACCCCUACACCUGGCCAUCACAUUUAGGCACCCCGACCACACCUGAGCGCGGCGGCCUAGACCACAGGUGUUCACGAUCUUACCUGUGGAAGUAAUUAAGAAUCCCGUCAGGUGUCCAUCUCUCACCUGGGCAUCUAAUUAAUCACAGGUAACACAGAACCACCUGGGAAAGUCAUUAAAAUCCCCCAGGUACUGCUUAAAACCAUACAGGUGAUAUUGCUCCACCUAAUCACCUACCUGUUCACGUAAUUGAGUUCUACCAGGUGUCCAUCUCCACCUGGGCAUCUAAUUAGUGACAGGUAACCGAACAACACCUGGAUACAUAAUUCAACCACCUGGGGAUGUAAUUAACGCCCCCCUCAGGUAACUCAUUAAGGCCAUACAGGUGAUAUUUCUCCUAAUUAGUGACAGGUAACUGUAAACCACCUGAAUACGUAUUUAAACCACCUGGGAGUCUAAUUAAACCGCUUCCCAGGUAUCAUCAAGUCCAUACAGGUGAUAUUACGCCAUCCAGUCACCUAAUUACAUUCCCCCAGGUGAUAUUAUUACACCUGGGCAUCUAAUUAAUCACAGGUAACCCAAAACCACCUGGGGAAGUAAUCAACCGCCCCCCAGGUAACUCAUUAAAGCCAUCCAAUCGCCUAAUUGCCUCCCCCAGGUGAGAUCGUUCCACCUGGGCAGCAGCUAAUGAGGCUCAGGUGAGGGUAGGUGAGCGCCCCCCCCUCCCCCCGUGUCCAGGUGUGCCCCGCCAGGUGAUUGCAGGUGACCCUCUUCUGCCUUACCCACACCAACGAUUAAGUCGGUCACGGGGUUAGGAGGAGGAGGAGGAGGAGGAGGAGGUGGAGGUGGUGGAGAGGUAGAAGCAAGGUCAGGAACGCAGUGGAAGAAAGAAGAAAAGGAGGAGGAAGAGGAGGAAGAAGAAGAGGAGGAGUCGAUUGUCUCCCCUUCUCUUCUCAAGUCAAAAAUUAUUCUUCCUCCAUUCCCCUUACCUCCAUCUCUCCGUGUCUCCCCUUGAGCUUUCUCUCCCCAAGACUGGAGGAAAGGGAGAGGCCGAGGAAUGCUAAGGGUGAAUAGUUCUUCUCCCCUCGCCGCCCUCCCUCCCUCCCUCCCUUUGUCCCUCCCUCCCUAUCAUCUCCCUCACCCCUCCAGCGGAUGAUGUAUAGGACUCAUAGGAGGAGAUUCUGAAAACAACAACAACAACAGAAAUAACGGAGGAGGAGAAACAGUUGCAAAAGAAGAGAAAUAACAGAUAGCAAAAGAGAGAUUAUUAACAGGAGCAGAAAAAAAGAACAACAGCAACAGAAAUAACGGUGGAGAAACAGUUGCAAAAGGAGAGAAAUAACAAAUAGCAAAAGAGAGAUUAUUAACAGGAGCAGAAGAAAGGAGAACAGGAGUAACAAUAAUAACAGGAAGUAACAGAAAGGAAAAAAAAGUAACAGAAAACAAAAGAUAUAGUAUUAACAGGAGGAGAAGAAAGAACAACAGGAGUAGCAGUAAUAACAGGAAGUAACAGGGAAAGAAGGAUAACAGGAAGGAUAACAGAAGCAACAGAAAGCAGGCAAAGGAAAUAAUAGAGAAAUAAAGAACAGGAAAAAGUAAAUCAGACACAAAAACAACAAAAAGCAAAAAAUAAACAACAGCGACCAACGGAAAUUAAAACCAGGACAAAAAUCAACAAAAACAACAACAGGAUUAACAGAACCGCCAGAAAAAAAAGGCAACAGGACGCAACAGAAAACAACAGAACCAAAUAACAGACCAAAACAAACCAAAUAACAGAAACAAAACAAAAUCAAGACAAACAGAAGAAAGAAGAAAAAAACGGGAGCAACAGAAAACAGGUCAAGACAAAAUCACUAACAACAACAACAGAGAAAAACCAGACGUUGAAAAUUCGCCUUAAACAACAACAGAAAUCAACAGAAAACAACAGAAUCAACGGCCCUCCAACAACAGGAACCACACCAUCGAGAAGGGAAGCGUGUGUGUGUGUGUGCGUGCCCGCGUGUGCGUUUCUGUGUGUACAAGAGUCAGCGUCUGUGGAAAGUUUAAAUAGAGGCGACCUUACCUCGUUCCCUACACACACACACUCACACACACUCACACGAGGACGAGGUGGAGGGGAUGACCUUUACACUCCAGAAGAAGAUAAAGAAGAAGACAGUAAGAUAAGAGAUAAAAAACAACAGCAACAGAAAGAAGAAGAAGAAGAAGAAGAAGAAGAAGAAGAAGAAGAAGAAGAAGAGAAGGAAAGAACAGAGAGAGAAGCAACAAUCGUGUGAGAAAGAAGAAGAAGAAGAGGAAACAGCACAAAGAAGAAGAAGAAGAAGGAAAGAGACAACAGAGAGAAAAAAAGAAAGUAUCCGAGAAAAUAAGGACAAAUAAACACAGCAAAAUAUUAAUAAAAAAACAAAUAACAAGAAACAGUAAUAAUAAAUAGUAAUAAUAGAGAAAAAAGAAGAAGAAGAAGAAGUAGUUAAACAGGUUAAUUGGGAAUCUAACUGAAUACAGGUGAAGAGAAUGGACUAAAACAACCAGUCAGUCAACCCUCAGUCAACUCUCAGUCCAACACCCAAUCAUCCAGUCAGUCAGUCAUCCAGUCAGUCAGUCAGUCAGUCAAGCUCAUCAAACCACAUACCGUUUACAAUCCACUCAAUUCCUCAGUCAACUCUCAGUCCAACACCCAAUCACCCAGUCAGUCAUCCAGUCAGUCAGUCAGUCAGUCAAGCUCAUCAAACCACAUACCGUUUACAAUCCACUCAAUUCCUCAGUCAACCAAAAACUCAUCAGUCAAUUUACACAGUUAUAAGUCCCUUCAGUCAUCCAGUCAACCAUAUAAGUCCCAUUCUCAGCCAUCAAGUCAGCCAUACAUUCCUUUUUCAGCCAUACAGCCAUUUUCUCAGCCACUUUCUCAGCCAUAUAGUCAUUUAAAAGCCCCCUCUCUCAACCACUCAGCCAUUUCAGACUCCAGUAUCAGCCAUAAACCAAUAUAAAAGUCCAAUUCUCAGACAUCAAAUCAGCCACUCAGCCAUUCAAAACUCUUAUAUCAACCAUAAACCAAUACAAAAAGUCCAAUUCUGAGACAUUAAAUCAGCCACUCAGCCAUUUAAGUCCCUCUCUCUCGCCAUACUGCCAUUUCAAAACCCUUUCUCCCAAACAGCCAUUUAAAGUCCCCUCUCUCUCAGACAUAGCCAUUUAAAGUCCCCUCUCUCUCAGACAUCCACCAAGUUCCAAGUCUCCAUCCACAAGCCAUCAAGUUCUUCUCAGCCAUCAAAUCAGCCAGUCACAAGCCAUAGAGUCAGCCAGCCACAGGAGGUCCCCGUCAGCCACUCAGCCCCCCCCCAGCAGUCAGCCAGUCAUCCCGGCCCGCCUCAUAACCCUCCCUCACGCCGGGCUUUUCGGCAGUACCAGCCCGGCAGCCAGCGAAGGCGGGUGUGCCGUUGCGUCUGUCCCGGCUCAGUUCACGCGUGGAGGUGACAGCGGCGGCAAGAAGUGUCAGGGAGUCGGUUGGUAGAUCGUCAACUAUAUCAGCUAUUUGUCAGACAUACGCGAGACAGGGAAGAAGAGGAAAGGUGUUGUGUUAUUGCAGCUGAUAAGUGUUGUGGGUUCAGUCAGUUCAGUCAGUCAGUCAGUCAGUCGGUUGGUUGUAUUUUUCAUUCAUCAGUCAACCAUAUACACCAAACAGAGAAGAUACGGGGUGUUGUGUUACUGAUAUUGUGAGUUCAGUCAGUCAGUAAGUCAGGCAGUUGGUCAGUCACUCAGUUGGUUGUCUACAUUUGUCAGUCAAUCUUGAAUCGGAGAGGAAGAAGGAAAGGGACAUUGUACUACUUCUAAUAUUAGUUUUCCUCUCACAAACUCACUCAAGAACUUAAAGAACUCUCUGACGAGCUUCAUUCACGUUUCCAACAAGUUUCCAUCUCGUCGUUUGAGAAUUACACGAACUUACGAACUUGGUCACGAACUUAUCCACAUCUCCGGCAAGUUUCACGUUUCUCGUCGUCUCACUCUGGGCAAGUUUCAUUCCUUCGUCGUUUCCGUAUUGCAAGACUGAAGAAUCGAUUUGUGUCUGUUUACGUGUGUGUGGGUGUGUGAGUUUCAAGUUUCCUUAGGCAGCGUUUUUUCCACACCUCACAAGUUCCACAACUCACCAGAUUCAUCGUGAUUGUUGUUGUCAUUGUUGAGUUUCGUUUCUCGGGUCAGGAUUGUAAGUUCUGAGCUCGUUAUUGUACUUUAUUUAUGGUCAGUCAUUCUCGGUUUUUCUUACUGAUUGUGUGUUUGUGUGUUUGAUACAGUUCACCAUCCAACACACUCCAAGUUUUCCGCAAGUUUGUAUCCACGAUUGUGUGUGUUUGAAGAAGGAUUGUGAGGGGAUUAUCCAGCAUCCAGUCCAUCACCAGCAUCAUCAUCUUCAUCUUGCAAUCGUAUCCCAUUCCCAACCCUCGCCAGAUUGUGUAGUGAAGGGAAGAAGAUUGUGAACGAAAGGAAGAUUGUGUUUGUGAGUGUGUGGUUUUGACUCACCGAACAAGAAUACUGAAAAAAAAAGGAAAAUAAGGAAACGAUAUAGACAAAAACAAAGUAAGAAAAAAACUAAAGAAAAGUUAAAAUAGAAUCACAAAACCAAAAACGUAAAACAAUCGUGAAUCUUUGGACUUCGAAACGCUGAACCGAACCCCAAGUGACUCAUUCGGAGCUUCAGACACGGGAAACUCUGAAGCUGAACUGAAUUUUGGAUUGUGAAGUGACCAAAAAAGAUAAAAAAAGAAACACAAAACCAGAAACGUAAAACAAUCGUGAAUCUUUAGACUUUGAAACACUGAACCGAACCACAAGUGACUCAUUCGGAGCUUCAGACACGGGAAACUCUGAAGCAUAACUGAAUUUUGGAUUGUGAAGUGACCAAAAAAGAGAGAAAAAGAUAAGAAAAGAAACACAAAACCAGAAACUUUUGACUUCGAAACACUGAAGCGAACCACAAGUGACUCAUUCGAAGCUUCAGAUCCACGAAACUUUGAAGCUGAACUGAAUUUUGGAUUGUGAAGUGCCCCAAAAAAUAAAGAAAAAUAGAGAAAAAAAGAGAAAAAUAGACCAUCAACAAACAUCCAUUCCGUGACAGUGGUGACAUAAUUCUGGUAGCAAGUGAUAAGGGGCGAUAGUGGUUGCCUCCUUACCCCAACAACCAACAUCACCGACCGGAAAAUUGUGGUUGAUUGUGGUGAUAAGGGGUGAUUGUACGUGUGUGAUAGUGAGUGGAUAAGUGGUGUUGGUGGUAAUGGUGGUGUUAUCGGCCGCUAGGGAACUGUGGUAGUGGUGAUAGCGGUGGUGGUGAUAGCGGUGGUGGUGACAGUGGUGGUGGUUGGUGGUGAAGGGAAAGUUGAUAUCAAGCUACACCACUGCGACCAUUCUUGUUUUUGUUGUUGUUAUUUGUUGUUGUUGACGCUGUGGUGGUGUUGUGGUUGUGGUGUUGAAAGAAGAUAGAAAAAAAGAAAGAGGAAGAGGAGGAAGAGAGAGAAAGUAGUUGAAGAAGAGGAGCAAAACGAGGAAGAAGAACCAGAAGAAGAGAAAAAAAGAAGAUACGAAGAAACAAAGAAAAUAAACAAAGAAAAUCAGACCCCCCCAAAAAGUGAUACCAGUGAAUCUAAAGUGAACUAAACAAGACAAAAAAAAGAUAAAGAAAAACAAAACAAAAGAAACCGGAAAGCGAAAGGGAAAAAACAACAACAACCAGAGAGAAAAAAAGUAGAAAUUUAGCAGAAACGUUAAAAAAAAAAAAAAAGAAGAAAGAAAAAAAGAGAAGUUAAAACCUGAAACGAACCAAAGAGAGAAAGAAGAAAAAUAAAAAGAAAAGAAAACUAGGAAAACUACCAAACAAAAAAUAUAAAGAAAGAAAACAAUAGAGAAAAACAGGAAAAAAAAAAGACGAGAAAACAACAGAAAAACAACAACCAAUCAACCAAAACCAUCAACAAAAACAACCAACCAAAGAGAAAUAAAACAAAACAAAACAAUAUCGCAAAAACAAACCACUAACCUCUAACUAACAAAAUGAGUGCCAGUGGAGGAGAAAGAGGAGGAGGAGGAGGAGGAGGAGGAGCAACAGGAACAGGAGCAACAGAAAGACUCCCAACAAACAGAGAAACAACAGGAGGAGGAGGCGGGGCAGUGGCGGAUUUUUACAAGGACAAAUGCCUGCUCAUCACUGGCGCCACCGGGUUCAUGGGCAAGGUGCUGGUGGAGAAGCUACUGCGAUCCUGCCCCGACCUGGCCUGCAUCUACCUGCUCAUGAGACCCAAAGGUGGACAGGACGUGCGAACCAGACUCGACGAACUCCUCAAUUCAAAGCUCUUCGACCAGCUCCGCGCCACGUCCCCGGAGGCCCUGAGACGCUUGGUGCCAAUCCAGGGUGACAUCAUGCUUCCGGGUCUCGGGGUGGGUGCACAGGACGCCGCCACGCUCAUCUCCCGCGUCUCCGUCGUCUUCCAUGCGGCGGCGACGGUGAAGUUCGACGAGGCUCUCAAACUAUCGCUGCAGAUGAACGUGCUAGGAACGAAGAGACUGGUGGAGCUGUGUCACAAGAUGGAGCGCCUGGUGGCGCUGAUCCACGUCUCCACUGCUUACUGCAACUGCGACCGUGGAGAGGUGAAGGAGAUGGUUUACCCGCCCCCCACAGACCCCUACAAGCUCAUCCAACUGGUCGACUGGAUGGAUGACGACACAUUCAACCACCUCACACCCAAAUUGAUUGGCUCGCGCCCCAACACCUACACCUACACCAAGGCGCUGGCAGAGCAUGUGCUGGUGAAAGAGGCCGAGUCACUUCCUCUUGCCAUCGUGCGGCCCUCUAUAGUGGCGGCGGCGUGGCGUGAACCGUUGCCAGGCUGGGUGGACAAUCUGAACGGGCCGACGGGACUUAUCGUGGGAGCGGGCAAGGGCAUGCUGCGGACCCUGCACUGCCGUGGCGAGCUGGUGGCCGACCUCAUACCCGUGGACAUCCCCAUCAACCUACUUAUCGUGGCAGCCUGGUACACAGCCACGCAGAGGAAAAGCGGGGAACUGCUGGUGUACAACUGUGUGUCUGGCAUGGAGCGGCCGGUGCGGUGGGGCGAGAUCAACAAGCACGGGAUGUCUGCGCUGCGGAGGAACGCCAUGAACGACGUGGUGUGGUACCCGUCGCUGCACUUCACGCAACACAAGGCCCUCAACACCAUCGCCGUCCUGCUGCAACACUGGCUCCCGGCGUACCUCAUGGACGCCGCUGCAAGACUCGCCGGGAAGAGGCCAAUCAUGGUCCGCAUCGCACAGAAGCUGGACCGUGCCGCGUCGUGCCUCGAGUACUUCACGACGCAUGAAUGGCACUUCAGCAACGACAACGUGCAGGGGCUCUGGGCGUCGCUCUCCGAGGACGACCGACACACCUUCAACUUCGCCCUCUCGGCCCUGCACUGGCCCACCUACAUGGAGCAGUAUUGCCUCGGCACCAAGAGAUACGUCAUGAAGGAGGAGCUGGCAACGCUGCCCACCGCACGCCGACACCUCUCCAAGAUGUGGUGGGUGCAGCAGGCGUGGCGGGUGGUGGUGGUGGUGGUGGCGUGGCGCCUUGUGAUGCUGAGGAGUAGCCGCGCAAGGAAGGCGUGGGAGUCCCUCUUCAGGCUCCUGCUUAGACUGCUUACCUACCUGCCACUGCUGAACCGAAUAUGAGCAGGAGAGAGAGAGAGAGGGAAAGAGAAGUGCUGUGUGAGUGUGUGUGUGGGUGUGUGACUGAGUGAUUUUGGGUGGAUGAGAGUGUGUGUGUGCAUGUGUGUGUGUGUGUGUUUGAGUGCGUUCUGUAUGUGUGUGUGUGUGGGUGGGUGAGUGUGGGUGCUGUGUGUGUGUGUUUCUGAGAGGUAAAUUGAGUGCGUGUGUGUGUGUGUGUGUGUUUGGGUGUGUGCGUGUGUGUGUGUGUAGGACCACCACCUCAGCCAUCAUCGUUGCUACUAUCAUUGUUACUAUUAUCAUCAUUAUUAUUAUUAUUAUUGUCAUUAUUAUUACUAUGACAACUACUACUACCUACUACCUACGUGUUAUCUGCUGCUACUGCUGCUGCUACUGCUCUCUCUCUCUCUCUCUCUCUCUCUCUCUCUCUCUCUCUCUCUCUCUCUCUCUCUCUCUCUCUCUCUCUUAGUGGUGGUAAUUUCUGUGGUCUAAUUGUAAUGGUCAUAUUUUUCCUUCUUUCCUUUUUUUCCUUCCUUCCUUCCUUCCUUCCUUUUCUUUCCUCCUUUCAUUCGUUCUUCCUUCCUUCCUUCCUUCCUUCUCUCCAUCCACCCUUCUUUCCCUCCAUUCUUCCUUCCAUUGUUUUAUCCUUCAUUUCUUCCUUCAAUUCUUCUUCCUUACAUUCUUUCUUUCUUCCUUCCUUCGUUCCUUCCUUUCUUUCUUUCUUUCUUUCUUUCUUCCUUUCUUCCUUCCUUUCUUUCUUUCUUUCUUUCGUUCUUUCUUCCUUUCUUCCUUCCUUUCUUUCUUUCGUUCUUUCUUCCUUCCUUUCUUUCUUUCUUUCUUUCUUUCUUUCUUUCUUUCUUUCUUUCUUCCUUCCUUCCUUCCUUCCUUCCUUUCUUUCUUUCUUUCUUUCUUUCUUCCUUAGUAUCAGCGCCAGAAAUAGAAAUAAUGAGAAAUAGACAAUAAAAACACGCUUGCUUGCAUUAGAGAGAGAGAGAGAGAGAGAGAGAGAGAGAGAGAGAGAGAGAAUGUAGUAAUAGUAGUAGUCAUUAUAUAUAGUCGAGAUGAGAGAGUGUGUGUGUGUGUGUGUGUGUGUGUGUGUGUGUGUGUGAGAACGGUUAUAAAGGUAAGAGAAAACAGGGGAGGGGGUGAGGGAGAUGGAGGAACUAUCACAAAUAAUAUAAUAGUCUUUUUCUACUA